UUCGAGCAUAGGCAACUUCAGUUCAUCAAUUUAUUUACUUUUCCCUUUUUUAUUAGUAAAUAUUGUACAUAAAUAUAGUGAAUUAGAUUUUUUGAAUGAGAGAAUAAUGAGUGUGAUUGACUGUAAAGAGUUGUUGGAUACAUUGAAUGAUGCUGAAACUUAUGUGGAAUCUCUACGGGCGUUGGGCAGGGAGCUGAAAUCUGCACAGGUGCAAAUAGUUAAGAGUUCAGAAGAUGCAAUCAAAGAAAUUGAAUACAAUUUCAAUAAUCUUCAGGUUAAAAUGCAGAAAGUUUUAGAAAAUAGGAAGAACCAUUUAAUAAAUGAAACAAUAAAAAUUCGGGCACAGAGUUUGGAGCCACUGAGGUGCUCUGACAUUGUUAUCUCUGAUAAAUUAAAGGAGACCACUAAUUUUAUUGAGUUGGGUAAGAAUGUGGACCAACUGAAUCUCGAUGAAUUUAGUAGAAAGUCUAGUUUACUUGGAAGUCUUCCUCAAGUGCCUGAAUUGAAAGAGGUUUCCUGCAUAACUUUUCAAUUUGAUGCUGGAGUUGAACAGGAGAUUAUUGAUAGUUGCUCAAGUUUAGGUUCAGUUACUCGAAUUGCUCCAGUCCAAAUCAAUUCUUUAAGUGAGAAACCUGGUGCUAUAUUGGUGGAGUGGGAGAUCUUGGAUUCUGACGAACCCUACAGUGAAAUACAAGAAUAUAAAUUACAGAAGGCUUUGGGGAAUGGACACAAAGAUAAUUCAAUUAUCUUUUAUGAUUGUUAUCAAGGUUCAGAACUGCAAUAUUUGGUACAAGAUUUGAAAGCAAAUCAGGAGUUUUCAUUUAGAAUCUGCUGCAAAUUUGAAGGGUGUUUACACUAUAGUCCAUGGUCUAUUGUGCAAGUGGGCAGUACUUGCAUUAAACCUUAUAGUUGGAAGGAAACUGCUAACUUUUGCUUAGCAAAUGAGGGUAAGAUUAGUGCUUCAGUGAGCAACGAAGAUUCGUUGAUUUUAUCGGAUGGAGCACAAUUUUGCUGUGGAAACUCGCUGGAUUUUACUAUGCUAAAUGUUGGUGAACAACUGAAGAAUAAUUUCAUUGGUGUUGCUUUCAUACAAGAUGGUUUAGAUUUGGAUAAGAGCAAGGAUGGAACUUUCCUUUUGGAAGCGACUGGCGAGAUUUACAUUGAUGGAUCUCUGAAGUCCACUAAGUUGCCUCCACUGUAUAAUGGUUGCAAGGUGACUUUUAUGUGCGUGCCGGUAAGCGACGAUAAAGUCAGAAUCAACAUAGACGUGUGCAAUAAGCGUGUUACCUAUGAUUGGUGCAUUGAAAAAUGCAGUGCCAUGCAUUUCUUAGCCAAAUUUUCUGCAGCGAAAUGGAAGGUUAUGGUUGAAUGAUAUAUAUGUGCAGUUAUAUAUUCCAUGCACAUCCACAAUUGGAAUCUCAAUUAAGUGUAAUAUUUUGUUCUGGGUCAUGGCUAGAGGCUCCAUUUAUUUAGUUGUAUUAAGCCAAAUAUUGUAGAGUUUGAUGUUUAAGUUUCUAUAGUAUAUUUAUUGAAAAUGGAACGUAUUAAGCUUUUUAUUCAUUUUAUA